AUCCGCUAGGCAUUCCCGGAAAGAGGACGGCGCUCCUCAGAGGGUGGCCCGUGCGCGGGCUUUGGGGGUUGAAUCUGUGUCCGGAACCAGCCUCCCCAGAAGGCCCGGGACCUCAGAGCAGGCCCAGGCGCACGUUUGCGCGGUGUGGGGGCUCCCACGCCCCCUGGCUCUGUGGUAGGGGUCUGUGCCCUUUGUUCUUACCGGGCGGCAGCUACUGCCACUUGGUGGGCCAAGGGGCAGUGACAGCGAACCCUCCUGGGGAACUUCCGGCCACCUGUCUUACAGGGAGCCCUGCAAGCCGCCAGGUCCUGGUGGUGUGGGCUAUCUGAACGGCCCCCCGCCCCAAUCGCAAGAUGGGCGAGUUUCAGGAGAAGUCGACAUGCGGCACCGUCUGCCUCAAGUACCUGCUCUUCACCUUCAACUGCUGCUUCUGGCUGGCUGGUCUGGCCGUCAUGGCCGUGGGCAUCUGGACAUUGGCCCUGAAGAGUGACUACAUCAGCCUGCUGGCCUCGGGCACCUACCUGGCCACGGCCUACAUCCUAGUGGUGGCUGGCAUUGUCGUCAUGGUGACUGGUGUCCUGGGCUGCUGUGCCACCUUCAAGGAGCGGCGGAACCUGCUGCGCCUGUACUUCCUACUGCUCCUUGUCAUCUUUCUGCUAGAGAUCAUCGCCGGCGCCCUUGCCUACGUCUACUACCAGCAGUUGAAUAUGGAGCUCAAGGAGAACCUGAAGGACACCAUGACCAAGCAGUACCACCAGCCGGGCCACGAGGGUGUGACCAGCGCAGUGGACAAGCUGCAGCAGGAGUUCCACUGCUGUGGCAGCAACAACUCCCAGGACUGGCGGGACAGUGAGUGGAUCCGCUCGGGGGAGGCGGGCGGCCGUGUGGUCCCAGACAGCUGCUGCAAGACUGUAGUGGCCCACUGCGGGCAGCGGGACCACGCCUCCAACAUCUACAAGGUGGAGGGCGGCUGCAUCACCAAGCUGGAGACCUUCAUCCAGGAGCACCUGAGAGUCAUCGGGGCCGUGGGCAUCGGCAUUGCCUGUGUGCAGGUGUUCGGCAUGAUCUUCACGUGCUGCCUGUACAAGAGCCUGAAGCUGGAGCACUACUGAUCCUGCGCACGCGGCCGCGUGUGCGCCUGCGCACUGCAGCUUCCCGCGGACUACUGAGCUACUACUGACCGCCAGGGAGCGCGUGUCCCUGGAGGCAUCUCCCUCCCUCUCCCUACCUGCUUUGCCAGGGUGUGGUCUCAUGCCUGUGCCUUCCAACACUGUCAUCACCGUGACCUCUGGGGCCCCCACCACCGGAGGGAGCUUCAAGUGCCUUUUGCUGCACACCAAAGUCCUGGGGCCUAAGGCAGGUCUCUCCUCCUGCGGUGGGACUGGUGGGGGCCUGGUCUGGCUAGGAGAGUUGGGUUCUGCCAAUAAAGUGCCCCCCUCCCACUGGCCACCUCCUUUGGGGGAGGUCAUGGGACCUCAGGGUGCUUCCUGAUGCCUGUGUUUAGUUGGAGGAGCUGGUUUGGGGCAAGUUGGGCAAAAAUGGGUUAGGCUUGUCCCCCCUAGGGUGCUCCCAGCCCCCUGGACACACCCCCCACAGUGGUCAGAGGCAGGCCUGGGAGGGGCACUGCUGGGUGGGGUGGGCGCAGAGGGUGCUGGACAGCCGGCCGUGGGUGAGUUCCAUGUGCCUGCCACCCACCCUCCUGGGGGAAGCCCUGUCCCCAGGGUCCCACAUGUCUGCUGACCCCUCUGCUCCGGGCUACCCUGCUCUGCCCAGCCCCUGCUUUAGCUCACAACUGCCACAUCUAAAAGGCGAGUGUUCACUGCGGGCCGCAUUCGUGGGCAGGGGUCUUGGCCUCACUGCUGACCAUGGAGGGCUAGAACAGCACUGCCAUCUAACAGGUGUUCAAUAAACGCUUGUGGAACAGGUAAACUUA